UGACCUAGGCCUUGUGACUUCGCCUGCAUGGAGGGAUGGCUAUGCCCUCCCUUUCUUGCUGGGACCCGGAGCCAGGCGAAGAGGCCAUGGGAGGCUUUGUGAACCUCAGCCCUGACCCAGGAAGGAGUGGAAGGGGUGUGCGGUGCCCGAGGAGAGGGUGCCACUGCGGGGCCACAGGCUGUAGUCACACAAUAUUGCUGAGCAGGCCCCUUGAGUCAGUGUGUCCAGGCUGGAGCCCAGCCUAGAGGAAUCCCUUUCCUUUCCUCUUCUGCUCUACCCCAAAGCUGAGGUUGGCUUGACAGACACAUGGACUCAGGACAUGUGUCCUUACGAAGGCUGGCUUGGGGCCAGCAUGUGGCUUUGGGGUUUUGCCGCUUCCUGUCAGCAGCAGGUGGGGUGGGGGUCCUCAUGCCCGUUUCACAGAUUGAGGUAGGAGCUAUUGUCCACACUCUAGUGAGUGGUCCAGCUGACCCUCGCCCCCUGCCACUUCUCUUUCCACUGCACCAGCUACCUCUGAAAAUCAAGGACUGGGAUGGAGCCAAAUGGGGCCACUGCAGGACCUGAAAGGGUGAGGAGGAUUUUGUACCAGGGAGGCAAGGAGACAGCGAUGUUAUGUGGGGACCUGCAGGAGGUCAGAUAGAGCCUAGCACAUGUAAGGAGCAAGGAGGUGUGGGACAGUGAGGGCAGAGGUGAGGCUGGUGGGUCAGGGUGGCCUUCUCCCUCACCCUGGCUGGAGGAUGGAGGUGGAGGGGGCGCCCUGGGCAGUCAGGGUGGUGCUGAGUAGCCCCAGCCAGCUGGCCAGACCAGCUCCUGUGGGUGCGUGGUUCAACAACACGAUGGGUGAAGAGUGGGAGCUGGGGCAGAGAGCCUAGAAGCCUUGCACUUUGGCUUUGGGGCUCCCCAGAGCACCCGUGACUUGGUCCUAGAGUGGAACUCAGCCCAAACGACACGAGAGAGGUGACUGAGUUCCAGCAGUGUUGGACUCUGCAGAGGGCACGUGGUGAAGCCGUUUAGGAGAAACUUCAGGCUUCCUGCCCCCAAGUGGCUCUGGCCAAACUCAGGGAUUGUGAUGAGGCCCAGGACAGUUGGACUGGGGGCAGGGGUAGAUAGUAGGGGCUGUGGAAAAUGUCUGACAGUCCUAAUCCACGCCUGCUUUGUGUUUGGGGCAAGCACCUCCCAGCCACCCUCUCCGCCUCAAUUUCUCCUGGAUGAUGGGUCAUUCCAUGUGCCUCGCAAGGCUGUUGCAGAAGUGAAUCAAAGUCAUUGUGUUGCAUGAGUCACAACUCACUGUAUUUACUCUUGGAUGGUGGAGGGCAGGCACUAUGGUCGUGGAUGGCCCCAGACAUCAGGGAGGCCUGGCCCUAUAUGCUCCCCUCUGCUGGGCUCAGCCAUGUUCCCCUUCACUGGUCCUGGCCUUGCUUUGAUAAUGGCCAUGGUGCUGGGGAGGGUGCUGCUGGGCACAAGGUGGUCCCACCUCUCUGAAUGCAGCCUAUGAGGUGGUGGGGGGACAUGCAGGCAGGAGGACCCAGCACCGGGUGGGUCUGAGUUUCAAGCCUAAACUGUCACCAUAGGGACAUUUCCCUGGGGCAGUUUUGCGUAACGAGGAUAAUAAUACUCUUCCUUAAAGGAAAUAAGAGAGAGAUGGGAGGGAUGGGCACCCGGGGAGGGCUCGGAAAGUGGAAGCCUUUGUGAUGAUGAUGUCACCCCAUUUGGGAGCAGCAGGGUGAAGUGGGAGCCAGGAAGCCUGGUCCGGGUCUGAGUUACCCCGUGACCUCAGGCAGCUGGGUGCCUCAUUGGGCCCCUUGCCCCUGCUGACAUGUGAAAGUCUCUUCAGGGUCCUUUCUCAGCCCUUGAACUUUGAGAGGGCACUAUGAUUUCUAGACCUGAGCCCCAAGGCCAGGGUAGGGAGCUGGUCCCAGCAGGAGCAGGCAUGUUUCUGCUCACAGCAUCCCUCUCUGGCUCCACGGAGACAAGACAAGAGAUGAACCAGGCAAGAUAGAGGAUGAGGGCGGGGAGGACGGAGCAGCCUCGGGUGCUGUGACCUUCCUGAACCUCAAUUCUUGCUCUGUGCCGGGGUCCUGUCUCUGACACCUCUCCCGGGGUCUAAUGGGAUGCCGGGUGCUCUCCAGUCCUUUCUCCUUGCCCAGAGGGUGGGCUGCCGAGGAUGGAUUUGCCACAAUGAAGUGAAGGCCUCCUCCAUCUGGGAGACUUGGCAUCUCCAGAUUCUUCCCUGCUUCUGGCGAUUUGGGGAAGGGGCUGGGGGUAUUGGAAGAGGAAUUGUGGGCGCUGAGAAACUGGUGUCCGGGGAAGCAGCCACGUUGUUGGUGCCCCUCUGGGCCAGGAGAUGGCCAGGCCCUGAGGGCGUGGUGAGACUAGAUCGAUGGAGCUCAUUGCUGCUGCCACCGCCGUGCCGUGCGCUUGGGCCUGGGAGCUGCGGCGAGCAGCGAGUGCUCUUUCAUGCCCCCUCCGCCCUGCCCAUCUGCAGGCCUGAGCCGGGUGAUGCUGAAGAUGAUGACUUUCUUCCAAGGCCUUCCAGGCCAGCACACUGCGUCAGGGGGUCCUGACCUGCCGGGAAGCUCCCAGAAGUUGCCCUCCACCUCCGAGGUGGAGUCAGAGGCCUCCAUGUCGGAGGCGUCUUCGGAAGACCUGGUGCCACCCCUGGAGGCCGCGGGAGCCCCAGACAGGGACAAGGAAGAGGCUCUGAAGAAGAAGAAGAAGAAGAAGUCCAAAGGCCUGGCCAGCGUGCUCAGCGUGUUCACCAAAGGGAGGAAGAAGAAGGGCCAGCCCGGCUCGGCGGAGCCAGAGGGCGACCCCGGGGCCCAGCCCGAGCCGAGCGGCCCGCUGCCCACAGCGGAGGAGCUCAAGGCGGAGCUGGAGCGCGGGCGGCUGGAGGCGGCGCGGCCGCUGCUGGCGCUGGAGCGGGAGCUGGCGGCGGCGGCGGCGGCGGGCGGCGAGAGCGCGGAGGAGCUGGUGCGGCGCCAGAGCAAGGUGGAGGCGCUGUACGUGCUGCUGCGCGAGCAGGUGCUCGGCGUGCUGCGGCGGCCGCUCGACGUGGCGCCCGAGCGGCUGCGCCAGGCGCUGCAGGUGCUGGCGGAGCAGGAGCGCGAGGACCGGCGGGCGGCGGCGGCGGCGGCGGGGGCGGGGGCGCCCGGGGGCUCGGCGCUGGUGGCCGCGCGGCCGCGGCGCUGGCUGCAGCUGUGGCGGCGCGCGGUGGCGCAGGCGGCGCAGGAGCGUCUGGGCGCGCGGCCGGCCGCGGACGCCGAGGGCCGCUCGGAGGCGGAGCGCGCCUUCCUGCACAUGGGCCGCACCAUGAAGGAGGACCUGGAGGCCGUGGUGGAGCGGCUGAAGCCGCUGUUCCCCGCCGACCUGGACGUGGUGGCCGCCUACGCCGAGAGCUACCACGAGCACUUCGCGGCCCAGCUGGCCGCCGUGGCGCAGUUCGAGCUGUGCGAGCGCGACACCUACAUGCUGCUGCUCUGGGUGCAGAACCUGUACCCCAAUGACAUCAUCAACAGCCCCAAGCUGGCAGGAGACCUGCAGAGAGUGCAGCUUGGGAGCCUUCUGCCCCCCAGGCAGAUCCGGCUGCUGGAGGCCACGUUCCUGUCCAACGAGGUGGCCAGUGUGAAGGAGCUGAUGACCCGUGCCCUGGAACUGGAGUCACAGCGCUGGGCCCGGGAUGUGGCUCCCCAGAGGCUGGACAGCCACUACCACAGCGAGCUGGCCAUCGACAUCAUCCAGAUCAUCUCCCAGGGCCAGGCCAAGGCUGAGAGCAUCACCCUUGACCUGGGUGUGCAGAUAAAGAACGUGCUGCUGCUGGAACUAGCUGCGUUCCUGAGGAGCUACCAGCGAGCCUUUGAUGAAUUUCUGGAGAGAUGCAAACAGUUGAGAAAUUACAGGGCCAAUGUCAUGGCCAACAUCAACAACUGCCUGUCCUUCCGCACCGCCAUGGAGCAGAAGUGGCAGAUACUGCAAGACCUCCCGGGCCACCUGAUGGGCCCCCUGAGUGACCUCAAGAGUCACGGCUUUGACACCCUGCUCCAGAGCCUGUUUGGAGACCUGAAGCCGCUGUUCAAGAGGUUCACACAGACCCGCUGGGCGGCCCCGGCGCAGACCCUGGGGGACAUCAUCUCCACCGUGGGCGAAAGGCUGCCUGAGUUCUCCGAGCUCCACGACUGUUUCCAGAAGGAGCUCAUGGAGGUGGUGCACCUGCACCUGGUGAAGGAGUACAUCAUCCGCCUCAGCAAGCGGAGCCUGGUCCUCAAGGUGGUGGAGCAGCAGCGGCAGCUGGCCGAACACAUCCUGGCCAACGCUGAGGUCAUCCAGCGCUUCUGCACUCAGAACGGCUCGUCAGCGACCUGGUUGCACCACGCCCUCCCCACGCUCGCUGAGAUCAUUCGCCUGCAAGACCCCAGUGCCAUCAAGAUUGAGGUGGCCACUUACGCCACCCGGUACCCCGACUUCAGCAAAGGCCACCUGAAUGCCAUCUUGGCCAUCAAGGGAAACCUGUCAAGCAACGAGGUCAAGAGCAUCCGGAGCAUCCUGGACGUCAGCGAGGGGAUGCAGCAGUCCUCCAAGCCCCUGUUUUCACUUAUAAAGGUCGGUUAGCUUUUCCUGCGGCUUGGCCUCCUUGUGAGCACCCAUCAAGCAUCGGACGCAACCCCACGGGUGGGCAACCACCCGACUUCAUGGCCCUCAGCAGGCUUCCUGCCUACUGCUGCUGCUGCUGCUACCCAGCCUCAGCCGAGGUACCGCCCCUGGGAGACUGGAAUUGGACUGACCCAGGUUACUUAGCUGUCCCAGGGGGCGGGAGGGCCCAUCCUGCGGAGGCAAUGAGGCAAUCCCCAAGAAACUCUGUAAGUGACGGUUGAUCUACAUGUACUGGAGGAGGGGGCCAAGAGGGAGACUGGCCGAGUAUAGCCCCCCAGUUACCUCCUGUCCACGGGGCCCGCCACGGUCUAUCCUAACUGCCCUCCCCGUGGCUGGGUCUGAGCGCCUUCCCAGCUGCCGGGGGACAGGGGCCCGCCCAUCCCGCCGCCUCUGACCCAGGCAGUGAGUGGGGCUCAACGUGUUCAUGGGAUCGAAGGCAGAACUAGGAAGGAAUGAAGAAAGCAACAACGAACUCUUAUUUGGAAUCUGCACACCCUGGGUCUUCCACCUGGAAGUCAUCCUGAGGUCUAGACAGGGCAAGCUUGACCUCUGACCCCUUGGCUUCUGUUUCAGUGUCCCAUUGCUGCUAACACGUUUCCACAAAUGUGGUAGUUGAAACCAGAACUUCUCUUCCCGCUCUGGAAGAAGUCCGACACAGGUCUCCUGGGCUAAAACCAAGGUGUCCGUGGGGCUGGUUCCUUCUGGAGGCUCUGCGGGGAGGUUCCUUGCUUCUCCCAGGUUUUGGAAGCUGCCUGGAUUCCCUGGCCCAUGGCUCCCUCCAUCAUCAAAGCCAGCAGUGGCCAGACGAAUCCUUUUCACAUCACAGACCUCAGACCUCCCCUCUGGCCCCCCUCUUCCACUUUUGAAGGCCCUUUUGAUUACCUUUGGCCCACCCAGGGCAUCCGGGAUCAGCCCCGACUUUAAGGUUAGCUGAUGAGUAACCUUCAUCCACCUGCAACCUCAGGCUCUUUCGCCUUGGACCCUGAUGUACUCACAGGUUCCAGGUGUUAGGACGUGGGCUUCCUGGGGUGGGGGGCCUGAGGUUCCCCCCACAAGGCCUCCAUCAACCCCCGGCCCUGGAGUGUCCGUCAUCCUACCCUAGGAAAACGCGGCUUCAGGAACACUUCCAGGCCUCUGAGCUUGAGAGGGCGCCCGGCAGGCUCCUGCGGGACUCAGUCCCAUGCAUCUGAGCGCACUGCGGUGGGGUCGGGGGCCAGGGCUCUUGGGUUUGUCCCCUCUUUCCAGGUACUGUGGCCAGGAACUGGCCUGUGUAAGUGGUGUACAAGGGACUUUACGUCUGUAGGAGUUAGUAUAUUUGAUGUUGUUAAUAUUAUUUUUGAUAGUACCGCUUUUGUAUGUAUGUACUCAGGACAGGGUCUGAGUUUUUAUAGCUUAAUAUAAAACUGAUUUUUAAAAUG